GCACAGGGCCAUGGGUGACCACGGUGGCCGCCGGAAGCCAGCCCACCCUGAUCGCACACUCCUGUGGAGUGGCCCAGCCUCCCACCUUCAGCCCUGCUGUGAACGUCCAGGCCCCGGUCAUUGGGGUGACCCCCUCACUGCCUCCCCGCGUGGGGCCCCAGCUCCCGCUGAUGCCUGGCCACUACUCGCUCCCACAGCCACCCUCCCAGCCACUGAGCAGCGUGGUGGUCAACAUGCCUGCCCAGGCCCUGUAUGCCAGCCCGCAACCUCUGGCCAUGUCCACGCUGCCCGGAGUGGGGCAGGUGGCCCGCCCAGGACCCACUGCUGUGAGCAACGGCCACAUGGCAGGGCCCUUGCUGCCUCCACCACCGCUGGCCCAGCCGUCUGCCGCCCUCCCCAGCAAUGCCCCCACCACCAAUGGGCCACCCACGACCAACUCAGCCCAGGGGCUGCAGAUGCUACGGACCAUUGGCGUGGGGAAGUAUGGGUUCACCGACCCCGGGCACCCCAAAGCACAUUCGGAAUGUGAGCCGUGUCCCUCCCCAAAAGAGCACCUUCCUCGUGUUGUUGGACAGGAGCGGCCCCCGGGCUUCAGGUGUGCCUAGGAGACACUCCCAGACCACCUGAGCGGCCUGAAGGUUUUGCGUGAGGACCCAAAAGUGGCUCUGUGUGGCUCCAGGAAACAGCACUUCUCGCCCGACCUUCAGUUAACCCCUUUCCCCAGCCCCAAGGCGAUUUUCAGGACAGAUCCCUGAGAACAGAGCCCGAGGGGUGAGCCGCUGCCUGAGGUCAGAGCCGAGGGCACCAGCAAACAGGCUUCACUCCUGGCCUGUCUGAGGGUCUGUCCAGCUGGAGUGCAGAAGGGGGCAGGAGGGCAGGGGGCACAGACCCGAUGCUGGUGGGGCUCAUCUCCCCGACUUGCCUUCCCUCAGAGCUCCAGACAGCCAGGCCCCUGCUCCUGCUGAGCGGAUAGGGGCGGCAGCCAGGUCUGCACCCAGGUGAAGGCAGGAGGGGACGCAGUGGGUGCUCUGCCCUGCUGGGGUCUCCAGGCCGCCUUUGAAAGGGGAGAGUAAAUGGCCCUAAGAAGUGUGGACCUCUGGGCACGACUUCUCAGCAUCCCCAGGUACAGCCUUUGCGAUGGCAUCUCGGGGGCCCUGCCUCUAAGCAGAGCAAUGACUGCAACUAGCCGUUCUUUCCUGCCUGCUCCCGUGAGUCUCUAUCUUUAUCCUUUUGAGCAAUUUUCAGGCCUUGUCAAGCAUCCCAACAACAAAGCCGUGUCUAGAUCUCCAAUGGGUUUAAUUCCCAAUCUGAUUGCACCCCAACUGCCUUUGUUUUGGAAAUCAGCACUAGUUUUAAAUGACAAAAUUACAGAAAAUUACAUCUAAAUUCUGGUAAACUCUUUGUUUAAGAUCUUUUUUAAAAAAAAUGACUAAAUUGAUUUUUGGUUUGAAUUGCUUUGGUUAAGCACUCUCUCCCUUUAACAAUAAAACCUACACCAGUUCAUAUGCUGCCAACUCUGACAUACUGGACACUGAGUGUCCCAGCCACUCCCAAGACUAUGCCAAAGCCUGAGGCACUGGGUUGGCUUCCCAUGAGGGGCAAAACCCAACCCCAGGGGUUCUCCUAGGACUGAUGAAAGGCCUUGCUGAUCUGCCAAGUUUCAAAUACACAUGUAGGAAAAAGACUUGUUCUUUGCACAUAGGUAACUGGUAACUAGCCCAGAUGUGACUUGAGUCCCUGGUUUGUUGCUUAGCACAGAACUGGGGUGUGCCUCCCCAAAGCUUUCGGGCAUAAGUGCCUCUCAUCAUUGUCAGGCACCUGAACCAAUAUGAUCAGGAAGACACAGGUGGUAGAGAUAGGCCCCUGCUGGCCCCUGUGCAACUGGGCCACCAGGCCAUUGUAGAGCUGUGCCUAUAGAAUCUUUGUGGGGCUAGAGGGCAUGAACCAUCCUCUGUGGUGGGCCCAAGCCUGCAGAUAGAAGGGUAGAAGAGAGAAGGCCCAUGUUGGGGUUCCCUUUUCCAGCCCCUGUAGAGUAGACUCAAUGUUAGGUGAGGGCCGGGGCUGAAGUGGGCCCAGGAAGUGUCCACGGCCCCACCUCCUACUGAGCCAGUGAGUUCCCCCCAGAUCCGGUUAGUGACAACCGGUGACCUGUCCAUCGUGCUGAUUUCCA